AUGUUGCUCGUGCCGAAAGAGCUUGAUAAGCUCGUCAUCUCACAGCUUGGGCUCCUCGCACAGAGGCGGCUGGCGAGAGGCGUGCGGCUCAACCACUCCGAAGCAACGGCUCUCAUCGCCAACAACCUCCAUGAGCUCAUCCGAGAUGGCAACCACUCCGUCGCCGACCUCAUGGCCCUCGGCUCAACCAUGCUCGGGCGUCGCCACGUCCUGCCCGCCGUCUGCAGCACUCUGCGGGAGAUUCAGGUCGAGGGCACGUUUCCCAUGGGCACCUACCUCGUCACCGUCCACAACCCCAUCGCCACCGACGACGGCGACCUGCGCCGCGCCCUCUACGGCAGCUUCUUGCCCAUCCCGGACAAUGAGGCCUUCCCGCUGCCGCCCGACUCCGAGUACGAGCUCCACCGCCAGCCCGGUGCCGUCGUCGCCGUUAAGGGCCGCGUUGUCAUGAACGAGAACCGCCCACGCAUCCGCCUGCGCGUCACGAGCAGAGGCGACCGCCCCAUUCAGGUCGGCUCUCACUACCACUUCAUCGAGGUGAACCCGCAGCUCGAGUUUGACCGCGGCAAAGCCUAUGGCUACCGUCUCGACAUCGCCGCCGGCACGUCCGUGCGCUUUGAGCCUGGCGAUACCAAGACGGUCACCCUCGUUGAGAUUGGCGGCGGCAAGGUGAUCCGCGGCGGCAACAACCUCGCCUCCGGUCCCGUCGAGCGCCAUCGUGUCGAGGACAUCGUCACAAGCCUCCAGGAGGCCGGCUUUGCCCACCGCCCUGACCCGUUUGUCGACCCAGUACACAUCAACAUGUUCCAGAUGGACCGCGCAGCAUACGCCACCAUGUUCGGUCCCACGACUGGCGACCUCAUCCGCCUCGGCAGCACAGACCUCUGGAUCAAGGUGGAGAAGGACUUGACGUCGUACGGCGACGAAUGCAAGUUCGGUGGCGGCAAGACGCUGCGCGAAGGCAUGGGUCAGGCCACAGGCCGUUCGGACGCGGAGACACUCGAUAUGGUGGUCACCAACGCCCUGAUAGUCGAUUGGACCGGUAUAUACAAGGCCGAUAUUGGCGUCAAGGACGGUAUGAUUGUCGGCAUCGGCAAGGCGGGUAGCCCAGAUGUCAUGGAGGGCGUCACGCCCAACAUGAUAGUCGGUAGCUGCACCGAUGUCGUUGCUGGAGAGGGGAAGAUUAUCACCGCCGGAGGCAUCGACACUCACGUGCACUAUAUCUGCCCGCAACAGGCGCUCGAGUCGCUCGCCUCUGGAAUAACCACAAUGCUAGGCGGUGGCACUGGUCCAAGCGCUGGCUCCAACGCGACAACCUGCACGCCCGGCAAGCAUUAUAUGCGUGCCAUGCUCCAAGCAUCCGACGCGCUUCCGGUCAACAUCGGCAUUACUGGCAAGGGUUGCGACUCGGACCCCGGUGCGCUGCGUGAACAGAUCAUCGCCGGCGCCUGCGGUCUCAAGGUCCAUGAGGAUUGGGGCGCCACGCCGGCCGCCAUCGACGCCUGUCUGAUUGCUUGUGAUGAGCUGGAUGUUCAGUGCUGUAUCCACACCGACACACUCAAUGAGAGCGGAUUUGUUGAGUCCACGAUCGCAGCCUUCAAGGGCCGUACCAUUCACACCUACCAUACCGAAGGCGCUGGCGGAGGCCACGCGCCCGACAUCAUCUCUGUCGUCGAACACGCAAACGUCCUGCCCGCUUCAACCAACCCCACGCGCCCAUUCACACGCAACACGCUCGAUGAGCAUCUCGACAUGCUCAUGGUGUGCCAUCAUCUAUCGAAAAACAUCCCCGAGGACGUUGCCUUUGCAGAGUCGCGUAUCCGUGCCGAGACCAUUGCGGCGGAGGACGUGCUGCAGGACAUGGGCGCCAUUAGCAUGAUGAGCUCCGAUUCGCAGGCUAUGGGCCGCUGCGGCGAGGUCGUUUUGCGAAGCUGGAACACUGCCCAUAAGAACAAGGUGCAGCGCGGCAGACUCGAAGAGGACGAAGGAACGGACGCCGAUAACUUCCGCGUGCGGCGGUACGUGAGCAAAUACACCAUCAACCCGGCUAUCGCCCAAGGCUUUAGCCACCUGAUAGGAAGCAUUGAGGUGGGCAAGCUCGCGGAUCUUGUCGUCUGGGACCCGGCUUGGUUCGGAACGAAGCCAGCAUUUGUUCUCAAGGGCGGUCUUGUUGCGUGGGCGCAAAUGGGCGACCCCAACGGCUCCAUCCCCACCAUUCAGCCGGUCAUCGGCCGCCCCAUGUACGCGCCCCUCGUGCCCUCGUCCAAGGUGCUCUUCGUCAGCGAGGCCUGCAUCUCCUCGGGCACCGCCGCGUCCUAUGGCCUGCGCAGCCGCGUCGAGGCGGUCCGCAACUGCAGAGACAUAAGUAAGCGCGACAUGCGGCUGAACGAUGCCAUGCCGCGCAUGCGCGUCGACCCGGAGAGCUACGUCGUCGAGGCCGACGGCGAGGUGUGCACGUGCGCGCCUGCCGAAACCCUGCCGCUGUCUCAGGCGCAAUACGUGUUCUGA